UGUGAAAAGCCGCCUGCUACUCAGUACCAUUCACACACACUCACACACCAAUGGAACAGCCACCGGGAGCAAUUGGGGUUCAGCAUCUUGCCCAAGGAUACUUCAACAUUCGGUUUGGAGGAGCCGAGGAUCGGACCGCCAAUCUUCCAAUUAAUGAACGACCCGCUUUAUCUCCGAGCCACAGUCGCCCUGGCCCCCAGAGUGUGAUGAUUUCACCUGAAAUGACAGCUGACAGGAGCAGAGAGAAGAGAUUUAAAGUUUAGCAGUAGCAACAUGAAUGGCUGAAGGAGACUGUUGCAAAGUUUGAUUGGCUAACCAGGAGAGGGAACACCUAAAGUCAGCUGAUUGGAGGAAGCAAGUCUUGCACUGAGCUUCAUUAGAAUACUUCACCUGCAAAAUGACCACAUGUCUAUCAAUCUGUCACCACGUGUUCUGCUGAAUUUGUAAGGAAAACUCUUGUUUAUCUUGCAUGCCUCUGCAGUGAAUGGAAAAUCCCCCAAAAAAUCCAAAAAAGCAUAUGCAUGCAUAUGAGCUGUGCUUGAGCAGGCGUGAUACUCAGCCAUGCAUGAGACUGUUUGUACUGACAUAUUUAAAAUGCACGUUUGGGAGGUACUGAGCAUACGACUGGAUAAAUGACACUUGAAUUAUACUGCACGAGUUGUGUGAGAGUUUGUAAACAGAUGUUUUAAACGUGGACCCCCAUGACGAAUAUUUGCCUUUUUGGAUUCUUCGCUCACUGUGGAGGCAUGCGAGAAAAGUUUUCUUCAUGAAUUCAACACAACACAUGGUGAUUAAUUGAUAUACAAUUUGUCAUUUUGCAGGUGGAGUAUUUCUGUAAAGGAAAGGCUCAUAAUUCUUGCAGUGCAUAUGUUUUAGUUUUACAGUCUAUUGAGUUUUGGUACUUCAUUUUAAUAGUUUAGCGUAAAGACUCGUGUUAGCUGAAGCCCUAUUUGCGCAAGGCCAGUAUUACCUGUGGACCUCGGACGUCGUCUGUGAGCUUAAUCCCAUGCAAAUCUGCCAUGUCUGUAAAAGGCAUGUGACGAUACAUCAGUCUGUAUCAAUUUAUCAAUUCAGCGAUCAACGAUCCAGUAUCACUGAUGCUCAGUGAAAACAUCAAUACAUAUCGUCACCUUUAGGAUACACCUUUAUUUUGAAAUUCUCAUGGCACAUCUGGUUCACCAUUUCCUUCAAAGCACACCUCCUUCCUAAACAUUCAAACAGCACUGGCGCCUGGCAUCAGACAGACAAUGGCAAGCAGCCAAGAAAAAGACAUCAGGAUAUUUACAAGACUACGUCUUGUAUUGAUCACAAUUGAAUCGAAACGGCGUCGUGGCAGACUUUGUGAUAUCAGCAAAUAUUGUAUUGUUGUCCCAAAAAUCAACCUCAACCACAAAUUACUAACCAUAUUUCACCACACACAGAGGUCAUGAUGAUAUGAGUCCUGUGUGAAUCAGCAUCUCAGUGACUUGUGCUUUUAUUUAGGUUUUCUGUUUUCUCUGCGCCUCUUUUUUUCCUCUUCUUUGGCAAAUAUAAAUAAAGUUUUGAGCUCAAAUCCAUCAGAAGAGCAAAAUCUUGAGAUCUGGAGAUGAUGAGAUGGAUGGCGUGUGACUGUGUGACAGAAUCUAACCUGUUUGUUUAACCCACAUUUAAAAGAGAAAAGGAGGUUAACACUGUUCAUGUCUGCUGGUGUUGCUGUGUUGUGUUUCUGUGCUGUGUAGAAUGGAGAAACAUAUGAUUGUGUGCAUCAUAUCCGGGGUAAAGUGUCAGUUAAUUUGAGUGAAAGACAGACUUUGCUUAUCCUGUGUGAAUGGGCUGCAUGACGUGAGAGGAGGUGUCAGAUAAAGUUUGAAUUCAUUUUUGCACAGAACAAGCACUGUGAACUUUGUCCCCACUUACCAUCGUAUUAGGAAGGAAUCUUGUUACGGUCACCAUGACAGGAAGGGAUGGUUACAGCAAAAAAAAAAAAAAAGUAUCAGUAUCUUCUUCUUCGUCUUCUGACUGUUGUUUUCAGGCAGACUUGUUCUUUCAUAACAGAACUUCUACUUGAAUAAACACAGGAAAUCAAGACAAAUAUAAUUAUAGUGUAGAUUUUAAAAGUAGAAUAUAAAGACCAAAAAACAUUCUCGAUGGACAUGAAUUUAAAUGAUAAAGGAGAUAUAAAAGGAAUAGUUCAACAUUUUGGGAAAAUUGCCUACUUUCCUCUUGUGGAGUUAGAUUAAAAGACCAGUAAAUAUGAUGCUAUAGAGCCAGCAGCUGGUUAGCUUAGCUUAGCAUAAAGAGUGGAAACAGCUAGCCCGGCUGGCUUUGUCCAGAGGGACCUGUCGCAGAGACUUCCUGGAAUCACGUCUUGUGUCAGUAUCUUUUUAGUCUUUAAUUUUUGUACGUAUUAAACAAACGAGGCGUAAUGAGUGAGUGAACUAUGGGGUGCUGGUAGGCAAUUUUGUCACUUCUCGUCAGAGACAGGCUCGUGUUUUCCCAUUUCUAGUCUGUGUGCAAAGCGAAGCUAACUGUCUGCAGCUUCAUAUGUACUGAAUAUUCAAUAUGGCAAACUAUUCCUUAAAAAAAAGACCUACAAAGAACAGUCGGCAAACAAAAAAGGAGAAAAAAAGAAUAAUAACAACGGACAACAAAUGAAAUUAAAACUGCAAUCAGCAAUGAACGUGCACAUCAGGGUAACCAGCAGGACACAGGUGCGUUUCCCCGAAAGUCGGACACUGAAAUUAGAAGGGAUUUCCUGUUUGGGGGGUGCGGUGCUGGAAAUGACCUAUUGCAAUUUGUGCACACCUUCCUGUCUCCACUAUGUGGUGCUAAUGAACACAUAAUAAUAUGUUGUGCUGCUGCAUAUCAUGCGAAGACCAUACCGUGUGAAUUUCAUGUAAAUCUAAUUAUCACAUUUGACUUUCUUUCUGUUGUCAGUAGGUGGUGCUAUGACUUUUAGUCAAUAUGAACAUGUAGACGUCUUCGGGUUUUGACUCCAGCAUGUGAAAUUUGGCCCAGGUAAAGUUACAACAGCUUCCUGUGUCAUGUUGAAAUGUUGAAAUUCGCCGCCACGUAGGCAAUGUAUUCCACAAAAACACAAAAGCUUCGCAAUUUAGCAUCGUGAAGGUCUUGAGAUUCUGCUGCCCUAACUUGAGAUGCGCAUGCUGAAUCCUUUGGGUGGAGCUUUGCAAAGUCUCAUACCUGCAAAGUACCUAAAAUGGAUUCUUAGGUAACCUAUGACAUCAUCGUCCAAGGUAUCAACUAUUUCUUCUCAACUUAAUGUCACAUUAGUCGGAGGGUCAUACCGCUGAAAACUGAAAACGAAUCCGAUGAACCCUCUAGGAAGGGAUCAAAAAGUCUGCACAAAACACUCACAAGAUUUAAAAGCUAAUGAAACUCAAAUAUGUCUGAAAUGAUUAGAGAAAUGUGUGGAGCACAUUUCAUUACUUUCAGAGCAGCUGUAUCCAAUCAGCAACCUUUUCUAGCAUUAUGUCGCUAUGGAGCCCGCAAAACACACUGAUGCCAAUCGCUGAACAUUUACCUAAAGUUUACAGGUGUCCAUGUGUGCCUAAAGUUUUGUGAGAUUCCGAGUAUCACAGGGGCGUCAAAAAAGUGGGUUGGGGGCUUUACAGGGUCGAUGUGCCACAGCCAAAUACAAUUACACCACCAAAUCGAGGUAAUUAGUAGUCUCAACAUGUGUGCAAAGUUUCGUGAGAUUUGGGCAUCCUAAUAAAAAUCAAUGCACGAAAUCCAAGAUGUGGAGCGAAAAUAUUUAUCCCAGCCCCGGUGUGCAUUUGGGGGCGCUAUGGAGCUGAAGCAUGAGCCCAGUCACUGCAGAACUUUGCAAUUUUUGCCAGUUCUGAUGCCAGUAUUUGUGAGUUUAUGAACAUCUUAGGUUCAUCAAAAAUGCAAUUGUGCAAAAGAUUAAAAAAAAAGAUCUCUACAAAACAAAUAGAUUCCUCACACUUUUAGUGCCAGGGACCGCUGGGCCCUGACACUUUCAUGCUCGGGCCCUGAUGAAGUUAUGUACAGUGCAUCUCAUCUGGUGCGUAGGUGUACUUCAGGGACUUCACCGUGACUAAAGUGGUGUUGAUCUUCACAGGAAAACAUUGAACUAUUCCUCUAAAAUGCACCACAAAGAGCCUUCAAAGGUCAACAUGUGGUAAUGACUGCACCUACAUGCGUGGCCUUUUGAGCCGACUGAAAAAUUCUAAGAAAAAUCAGGAUCGGCAGUUAAACAUGACUUAUCAUCCGUUUUCAGCUUCAUCUCAGCAGCAACCAGCUGUGCAUCAUGUUUGGAAGGUGGCAAACUGGCUUAUCGGGAGUUAGAAAACAGAGCCAGCUGUGACAAUAUGCAAAACUACAGAAAAAAAUGACAACUAUGUCAAAAUUUACAAGAAGUGAGAGGGAGGGUGACAGGAGUGGACUGAUAAGCUCCCGUUUGUGCUGCACUCUAAAUGAGCUGGACGCCUGCCAGGGACUUUAUCUUGCCAAUUCCAGUUUAAAGGGAUCAUUACAAUAGGGUGUGAAAAAUGCAUGAAUAACUCUUUCCAAGUACUUAGUGGAUAGCAGUGUUUCAGUAUUAGACCACAUCACAGCUCCAUGCUUCUCCACAUUGACAUGACAACAAUAAGGUCAAUGGAUCAAGUGGGCUAAUUAUUAAUGAAUUUGCACUGUCUCUCUGCAGAAAUCUGGUUUUGUCUGAUAUGUCUGAGAGCUGAGCAGGACACAAAGCACCAUUGACUCUGGAGCUUUUAUGAGCCUGAGCUGCCACACCAUCCGCACAGAUGAGUUAUCACUUAUUGAGUGUUUAAACAAAUGGAGCUAACAACGAGAAUUAUGUGACAAACUGCCAGAGUAAUCAAAUCAAUCUAGGGUUAUUAUAUAAUAAUAUAAUACUGAGAUGCAUGAAGUUACAUCACAAACUUGGAUGUUUGAGCUUCACUUUACGAGAAGGUUAUUUUAAAAUUCAUCUGCUGAAGUUGGAAAGACUCUAUGUGCUCAGCUUAAAGGUCCAGUGUGGAGGAUUUACGGGGAUAUAUUGGCAGAAAUGGAAUAUUAUAUAAUAAGUAUGUUUUCUUUAGUGUAUAAUCACCAGAGAUCACCAUGUUGCACCACCAUGUUUCUACAGUAGCCCAGAACGGACAAAGCAAACUCUGGCUCUGGAGAGGACCAUUCGCGUUUUGCUUUUGCGUCGCCCCUCCGCGACGAGCCAAGCAGCAUCAGAAAAACACUCAUUUUUAAAACUUUAACUGCUUUAUUCAGUGUUUUCACAGUUUCAUAUCACUGGGUCCAUUUGUUUUGGAGAGGAAGCGACCUCUGUGGAUUAUCUGUAAAAACGUGCGCACAGAUUAGCAGGUGCCAGGCUAGCGGGCGUCUCCGACAUGCCAAGCAGCAUUGGAGAAACACUGAUUUGUGACAUGAAACUUUUAUUCAGUCUUUUAACUGGUUUAAAUCAUGUGGUCUGUUUAAUUUGGAGAGGAAGAGACCUCUGUGGAUAAUUCAGCUCCCGGUAAAAACCUCCCGAGCAAUGAACACUGAAGGAAUUCUAACCAGGAGAUGUUUCAGUUGGUUGCAGCGUGCAAUCCUCACCACUAGAUGCCACUAAAUCCCCCCAAAUCUUGCACACUGUUCCUUUAAAUCUUAAUUCUUCAGAGAGAAGUUCAGGCUGUUUUUAUGGGGAGUCAACCUAUCUGCAGAGGUCUCAACCUAAAACUGGCACAGUGAUUUAAACACGGUAAUCAAGUAUUUUCAUGGCUUAAAAAAUCAGUGUUUUCAGAAGCUGUCGUCACAGAUGGGCUGCUCACUGUGGUAAAUGGCUCUGUUUGGAGCCAGUGUUUGGGUUAUCUGUUCUCCUGUAGAAACAUGGCGAUCUCCCUGGAGAAGGACCUGCUCCCUGUGUAGUAGUAAACAUCUCGUUCUAAGGUAAAGAAAACACAACACUUUUUAUUUUCAGGUGAUUAUGCACUAAAGAAAACAUACUUAUUAUAUAAUUUCUGCCAACAUUUCUCCCUAAAUCCUGCACACUGGACCUUUAAAACUCUGGUUCAUCAGUGAUGGUUUCAUCAUAACUUUUGUUUCUAUGUAUUUUCUUGCAACAUUUAGUGACUUUUGUUUUUGAGUUUGACCUAAAUGAUCAGUUUCAGUGUCUACAGGCUGUAAACUGAUGGUAAGAAGUUGAUUCUUAUCACUUGAUGUAUUCACCACUGCAUCCCUGCUGUAGUGAACACUCAGUGCAUGAGUGUGUCACCGGGGGUGUGGACGCGCAGAGGGGGUGGAUCACGUGUUAAUGCGUUCCUGUAAAGGGCCUGUGGAGCCAUAAAGGGCUCGCUUUACCUGUCGUGCGCUCAGGUCGAAGUGGUUGCCAGUCUGGUUUCAGUGUUUCCCGUCGCUCUAUCCGAGUCCCGGAUCCCUCUGAUUGGCUGCAGAGAGACGAGCUCCUUCAGCCCACCCACCGCUCAUUAUAGGGACUCUUGCACACUCUCUUUCCUUCCUUGCAUUGAGUCUGGGACCUGGCCUGGGGCUGUACGGCACACACAGAGCGCGCAUCAUGGCAGCUACCCACAGCGAGUACAGAGGCUACCUGCGGAACACCGUCGACAUCGAGGCGGCGCAGCACCGCUUCCACCCGGCGCACAGCUCGGAGCCCACUUACCGGCCGCUCCUGUUCGGGACCCUCGCUGUUAUGGGAUUGCUUCAGGUGGCUUCCAGCGUGGCGAUCUUAUUACACCUGACGGGUUAUCUGCAAGAGGUAGAUUUGUCCACAGCUCCACAUCGGCCAAUAGAGGAAGUGCAGACGGAGCCGGUGCUGAACGCUCUGAGGGACACGAGGAAAAACAGACGGUGCAAAACUCCAAAAGAGAGCCUGCCGUCAGUUCAUCUACCAAUCAAAAGGCCCCAGGAGAACUCCAAGAAGGGGAAGCCGAACGCCAUCCUCAUCGACUGGGACGAGGAGCACGGAUACCGCCACAGAAUGGGCUACCAGAAGGGGAAACUACUGGUGAUGGAGUCGGGCUUCUACUAUAUUUACGCCAAAACCUGCUUCCGCUACUACAAGGACGGACCGGUGGAAAACAGUCACGCCGAGGUCCCGCCCGUGGAUGUUAGCAACACCCAGCUCAUCCAGUACGUCUACUACGAGAGCAUCAAACAGAACAGCAAGUCUGUGAUGCUGAUGAAGACGGGCAGCACCAUGCGAUGGAACGACACGAGCUAUAACAUGUACUGCGCCCAGCAGGGCCGAGGGGUCCGGCUGGACGAGGGAGACGCCUUGUACGUCAACGUGUCCAACGCUUGGAUGCUGGACCUGGAGGGAGAAGGGACGUAUUUUGGUGCCAUAAAGUUGGGUAACUGAAAGAUAAACACGUGGGGAGCGGACAUGCUACUGAACAUUUGAUAUGCCAAAGAACCACUGUUAGUGAUUUAUGAUGUUGAUUUUUCAAAAAAAGUGUGUUUUUUUUUAUUGUUCAUGUGUCUUUUUUUUACAUUGCUCUUCACCAAACAGCCUUGGAGUCCUUUACGAGAAAUGUGGAAAGGGUAGUCAUCUCUUAAAAAACCAUCUUGUCCUCCCCUCCAACAAUAUGAGACCCACAGCUCUCGACUUCAUCCAAACUAGCACUGGACUCUUUUUUUAGACGUUUUCUUUUUUUAAGUAUUGUGGUUGGUGUUGUGAAAUUUCAAUACAUUUCAGUUCAGAUUACAACAUUCAGACUUAAGCACAGACAUGUGUUUAUGCACUAAUUAAACAAACCAUAGGGGAGCAACUGAGGAAGUAAGUUUGUUGGCAAGGAGUGCAGCGAGAAAGGAUUUAUCAGUGUUGACUGUUGGGAAAAAUGACCAAAAAGAACACUGCCGCUGAUCGGGCAUCUGCUUGCACUUAGCAGAUUAUCACAGGAUAAAAAUAAUGCCUCUGACCCACAGCAGCGAAUGCACAAAUGUUUUCCUGAAAGGUUUUGUAAGUGUUAACAAGGCAGGCAAUGAGGCGUCCUCACAGUAAGUAACUCAACGGUAUUAUUAAAAAUAGGCGGUUAGAUGGUGAGUUAUAUCACCCUCAGAAUCUCUAAGGCACCGUUUGAACUUAAAAUGCUAUGAAAGAUUCGCUUUGACUUUGUUUUUUUAAAGCAACAGUUGGAAAAGAAGGUCAUGUGUGUGCUCCAAAGACUCAUUUGUUAUCCAGUUUUCUGUCUUGAUGAAAUCUAAUGAGUGGCCUGCUUCACUGAAGGCAAUCACACGACAAUGUCAUUCUGGACUGAGGAGGAAAUGACAUCUGUUUGUCAUGUUUAUGACGAUCAACAAGCGAUGCAGAUAGCUGGACUGUCUGACCAUAAGUGACACGAAUGGACUCUUUGUCUUCUUUAACUAGAGGAACCAAAUUGAGUUUGGUUCAUCUUUAACUUAAAUUUUGUUUUUCAUUUGGCUCGUCAGUGAGGUAAAUGGGAAUAUGCACUAAAUAUUUAUUUAUUAGCUAUAGAAGUACAGAGACAGGUCAUUGUUACAGUGACCUUUCGGCUGUUAAAAUCAUGUAUAUUUUAUGUCUGUGUGACAUUCAUUAUGCAGCACUUAGAGGAAAUAGUAGACACGCUUUUUGUUAUUAAAACACAGGGGCUUCAUUUUAAAUUUCAUAUUUAUGUAUCUUGAUUUUGACAAUUCUGUGUGCACUUGCCUAGCCAAAAGCAAUAUGGAUAUAUUGUUUCUUCUACAAGAUUGUAGCAAACCUGUAAGAUCUUCAUCUGAUUCCAUCUGAUAGUUUUUCCAUUCAGUGUUUUUUUUUUAUUUAUGUUUGUGUAU